AUGAUGCGACAGUUCUUCCCCCGCGCCGCCGGCGCUCUUAGAGUCCCCCGCAGCUCUCCCAGAUUAGCCACCGCAUGGCAAUCAGCAAGACUCUACAGUGUCAAGCCUGCCGCCGCCUCCGCGGCCAAGCCUUUGGGCCUCGAUGCCUCGAAACUCACCAUUGAGAAGACAAAGAACCCCGGAACGCUGGGCAACCCCGAGGAGCUCGUCUUCGGCCGCAAGUUCACUGACCACAUGCUCACUAUUGAGUGGAACCAAGAACAGGGCUGGCUCGAUCCCAAGAUCGUCCCCUACCAGAAUCUCUCUCUCGACCCCGCGACCUGCGUCUUCCACUACGCCUUUGAGUGCUUCGAGGGCAUGAAGGCCUACAAGGACAAGUCCGGCCAGGUCAGGCUCUUCCGCCCCGACAAGAACAUGGCCCGCCUCAACAAGUCCGCCGCCCGCAUCGCCCUACCCACCUUCGAGCCCACCUCCCUAAUCGAGCUCAUCUCCAAGUUUGUCAACCUCGACAAGCACUACAUCCCCGACGAGCGCGGCUACUCCCUCUACCUCCGCCCGACCAUGAUCGGCACCCAAAAGACCCUCGGCGUCGGUCCCCCCGGCUCCGCCCUGCUCUACGUCAUCGCCUCCCCCGUCGGCCCCUACUACCCCACCGGCUUCAAGGCCGUCUCCCUCGAGGCCACCGACUACGCCGUCCGCGCCUGGCCCGGCGGCGUCGGCGACAAGAAGCUCGGCGCCAACUACGCCCCUUGCAUCGUGCCCCAGCUCGAGGCCGCCAGCCGCGGCCACCAGCAGAACCUGUGGCUCUUUGGCGAGGAGGAGUAUGUCACUGAGGUCGGCACCAUGAACAUGUUCGCCGCCAUCAAGAACAAGGAGACGGGCCAAAAGGAGCUCGUCACCGCCCCCCUCGACGGCACCAUCCUCGAGGGCGUCACGCGCGAUUCCGUUCUGUCCCUCGCCCGCGAGAGGCUCGUGCCCGAGGGCUGGAUGGUCUCGGAGCGCAAGUACACCAUGAAGGAGCUCGACGAGGCGGCCGAGGAGGGCCGCCUCAUUGAGGCUUUUGGUGCCGGUACCGCUGCCAUUGUCAGCCCUAUCCGCACCAUUGCCUGGAAGGGCAAGUCCAUCAACUGCGGUCUGACCGAGGCCGAGGAGUCUGGCGAGAUCACCCUGAGAAUCAAGGGCUGGAUGGAGGCGAGGCAGUAUGGCGACGAGGAGCACGAGUGGAGCUACAUUGCUCCGGAUGUUGCUGCAUAA